CGGAUUCUCCAGAGAACCAAGAUGGGCCAGGCUCUCGUGCAAGCUCCCCAACUAAAGACUUGGCUCCUGCUAAGAAGGGUGAAGCCCUCUCGUCUUCGAUCUUCAAGUCCGAUGGCUACCACCGCUUCACCAUCGACUGCUUAGUCGUACUGAACGCCUGUCCGUUCCUGCACAAUCCUAAUGAUCCAGAGCAAGAUGAUCCGUUUCUCGCUCAGUCUCUGAAACCACUGGUGGAGCUCUGCGAAACCAUUGCACGGCACAGUAAAUUCCUGACUCGUAACAAGAAGGAACUGGAGUCGUCCUUCACCGGCAACAUGUGCAAGCUACAGGAGCUGAUGGCAUCUGACGUGAACGAUCUUGUGGCCCGCUACCCGUCGUGUCUGGAGGAACCCAUCAUUGCCGAAAUCUUUCAGAUGUUCACAUCCGCCGAGGUUUCCACCAUACCGGCCGGUCUGGAAACGGCAAGAUCCUCGCCUGGCGAUGCCGACAGACUUGCGCGAGAGCAGGAAGAGCUAGAUCUGCAAGCUGCGAUUGCGGAGUCGUUGAAGGAGCGAGACCGGGCUGAGCAAGCGAUGCUUGAUCAACAGCAAGCAGAAAUCGCCGAGUUUUACUUUCAUCAGCUUGCUGGUCGUGACGACUCGGCCAUCGAUCCGGCUCUCGAGAGUGCCACGGCAGCUGAUGAAGGAAUGGGCGAUGUCCCUACGGUGGACCAAGUUGUUGAAGCCAUUCCAGAGCAGGGCAUCACCUUCACGGCGUUGACCCAGAGACUGAACAUCCACCGGCACGACCGAGCUAUGCUAGCGCAUCUCCAGCAAGAACUCCGUCCCUACGUUCGCAUGGAUGGUCAGAUACUGUUUCCCAUCGACGGCCAAGGUGGCGGGCAGCCAACUCUUCCAGAUGAUGACGAUGUUCGCUACACGGUUGCGCAGGCAGGUCACCGUGGCAUUCUGUUUGAGGACCUCAUCAAGGUGCUCAAGGUUCGUGAUCUCGGUGUGGACACGGCCAAGCAUUUCCGAGAUGACAUCCUGGCCCGCAGUGUCGUGCGCUUCAAUGACGAGGGCCGCAUGGUGCUCGGUACUGCGCCGACUCCCGCUGGGCCUGCUUCGCUUACGGAUAUUCCAACACUGACGCCAACACCCAGUGCACGGCGUUCCGGCUCGCCGCAGAAGAAGACCACGCCCUCCUUACCUCGCUUGGUAACUGGAGAAGGGCUUGACAUUAUGACCGAAAGAGCCACGGAGUCCGUCAAAGGGGAAGCCGCUUCUAUCAUAUCACCAGUCCGCUUCGCUACGAGCCAUCGUCGCCUUGGAACCGAGGUUGCACGUAUCCGUAAUGGUGUUCUUGCACACCUACGUACUUGGUGGACUACCUUCCCUGCGCCUAUACAAGGUAUCUACCCAGAGGACUUUAAUGCCGACGAGAGAAAGCAGCUUAUCAAGUAUAUGGCCUCGUUUAUGCAAGGUCGCGGACUUGUCGGAAAAGCUGACCUCCCAGAGAAAGAUAUGACUGAUGUCCUAUUAGCACUCGACUUCCCUGUAGCCAAAGGACGUCACAAAACGGCCGUUCGUCGGAUCGUACGUCAAUUGCACUCCGAUAUGGUACAGAUGCAGAAGCGUGAGGCCAAAAACCGGCUACUGCGGGUACUGCGGCGGAUGAGGAAGUAGGUGAAGAGAUAGGUAGCGCGGAUGCUAGAGGCUCGCGUCCCGGUAAGCGUAAAGCCUCUCAGCAAGGUACUCAGGCGACCAAAAAGGCACGAGCUGGCGAUAGCGACAUAUCAGGGAAGGAUGGUGAUGGGGAUGAUCUUGAGCCUGAGGUCGGUU